UAUUCUGUUACAUUGUAGCAAAAUGGCGACUGUCAUUCACAACCCCCUGAAAGCACUCGGGGACCAGUUCUACAAAGAAGCAAUUGAGCACUGUCGCAGCUACAACUCUCGGCUGUGUGCUGAGCGCAGCGUCCGCCUUCCCUUCCUGGAUUCACAAACUGGAGUAGCUCAGAACAACUGCUACAUCUGGAUGGAGAAGAGGCACAGGGGACCAGGCUUGGCCCCAGGUCAGCUGUACACAUACCCAGCACGUUGCUGGCGCAAAAAGAGGCGUUUGCAUCCCCCUGAGGAUUCCAGGCUGAAGCUGCUGGAAAUUAAACCUGAAGUCGAUCUGCCACUGAAAAAAGAUGGGUUCACCUCAGAAAGCACAACUCUGGAAGCCUUGCUGCGUGGAGAGGGAAUAGAGAAAAAAGCAGACACUAAAGAGGAGGACACUAUACAAGAAAUCCAGAGGGUUUUAGAAAAUGAUGAAAAUGCAGAUGAAGUGAACGAGGAAGAGGAUUUGGAAGAAGAUAUUCCAAAACGAAAGAACAGGCCUAGAGGACGGCCAAAGACCCCCACCUGGAAAAAAAUUUUCCAGAAAAAUGCUCGGGGAUCUGGAGGCGGCAGGAGAAGGAAUGAUGCUGCCUCCCAGGACGAUCAUGACAAACCUUAUGUUUGUGACAUCUGUGGCAAGCGUUACAAGAACAGGCCUGGGCUGAGCUAUCACUAUGCUCAUACCCACCUCGCCAGUGAAGAGGGUGAUGAAGCCCGCGAGCAGGAGACUCGCUCUUCCCCUGUCCACAGAAACGAAAACCACAAACCCCAGAAAGGACCAGAUGGGGUCAUCAUUCCCAAUAACUACUGUGACUUCUGCCUUGGAGGCUCCAACAUGAACAAAAAAAGUGGCCGGCCUGAGGAACUUGUAUCAUGCUCAGACUGUGGGCGCUCUGGACACCCGACCUGCCUGCAGUUCACCACAAACAUGACUGAGGCUGUUAAAACCUAUCAGUGGCAGUGCAUUGAGUGCAAAUCCUGCAGCCUUUGUGGGACCUCUGAGAACGAUGACCAGCUGCUCUUCUGUGAUGACUGUGACCGUGGCUAUCACAUGUAUUGCUUGAAUCCACCAGUCUUUGAACCCCCAGAAGGAAGCUGGAGUUGCCAUUUGUGCCGGGAGCUGCUCAGAGAGAGAGCAUCAGCUUUUGGCUUCCAGGCCUGAGGAGCUCCAGCAGUUGAGAAACACUUUGCUCCUGGUGUUGCCAUACCAGCACAUAACUCCCAUCCAGAACACAAAGACACAACCCACGUCAAAAGGAAUGGACACUCAAAUCCAGGAAGAGGUAUCUGUGGUAUUCACUGUCACUAAGGUCAUGCCUCCUGGGCUCUGCCUGAAGGAUCGAGUACUUUCCUGAUGCUCCGGAUGAGAUCUUCACUGCUAUGCAUGGUUGCUGCUUGCUGUUACGGACUCACAUGCGUUAUAGAAGGGGGAGGGUUGUUACAUUGACAUGGAGAAGUCAGUUUUGUGUGGCCUUGUGCUUUUUCUGUUUAGUCUUCUUUUUAACAAAGUAGUAAGAUACCUCCCAAGGAACUAUUGGUGAGUACUUCGUCUGGGAGCAGCACCAGUUCUUUCUCUUCACAGGCUUGACUGGAAAUCCCCUUACUGCAACCACUCUGUAUUCAUAGUGGGCCUUUGAGAGUUGCAUUAGCUCAGUACUUCCCAGGUCCUGAACAACACAUUGUCACUGAGAGAAGCACUGAUCAAAAGUUUUUGGGGUGACACUCUUCCCUGGAUCAAAUGCUUUGAUUUGGCAGCUGCUUUCAGUGUUUCUGAAGAAAGAGCAGUAGCAGCAUGUAUGCACACAGAUGCUUAGAAAAGCUGUCCAUCUCUGAUCUGUCAGGACAUUCAGGCACACUGUCCCACCUCAGUACUAGCAUACAGUCCAGACUCAUCAUUGUGGCUUUGUUCAGAAAACUCUGAAUGGGUUAUGUAUGUAACUGACUUGCUGUGCACCUCGGGAAAACUGAACAAAAGAAAAAUGUUGUCUUGAGCUCAUUGUAGGAAAGCAAAAUGGUCACUUUUCUGAGCAAUCUAAAGGAAGCUGCAACAGGAACAACUUGGGCUUAGGGUG